AUGGGUUUUUUUGACCACCUCCAGAAAGGAGGAUCGUUUUCCCUGCAGCCAAAAAAGCCACAGAUUCGCAAAAUCGUUCAAACACGCCCUGCACCUUCGUCGAGAUCCGUAUCACAAGCCCCCACCACUUCGUCGCGAGUCUCACCGUCCGAAAUACCGAAGAAACCGCGCGGUUCAGAGAGCAGAUCGCUUUCGAGAGAUACAGACCAUCUUUCUUCGAGGCGACGGAGUACGCCACUACAAAACCGAAAGCGACAAACACCAGAGCUACGGCUGUCCAGCGACGACGAUGCGAGCGACACGGACACCUCUUUCGAGGUGCGCAAGCGAGCCCGGACAGGCGACAGCACUGAACCUGACCUGGAGAGACGAGUGCGCUCGUUGAAGGCAUUCUCUGAGGAUAAUGUGAAGCGCUUUCCCAUGGUUCAUGCUGCGGAUAUUACUAUCCAGAAGGCGGAGAAUUUUAAACCGGCUUUCGGGGAGAAUGCGCAGUCCACGGAAAUCGCAUUACAGUAUCCAAGUGCUUCUCCUAAAGAAAGAUAUAACGUUGUGGUGCCUCGCGACAACGACGAUUUCAAGCCAAUCGACGAUAUUUUCUCGGUUAUCGAAGUAGUAUCCCAAAAUUACAUUCCUGAAGAGGAGGCGGACGAGUUCAACAAUGAAACCACUGGCAUCAAACGAAGACUGCGACGAGCGCUGGCCCAUGCGUCUGAGACGGAUUUUAGACAAGUCGUGACCGAUUACAAUCACGCGAUAGAACGGUUAAGGCGCAGUGGCAGCAUCGCGAAGAAGUUGGACUCGACACAUCGUUUGAACCUACCUCUCGUGGAGCGGAUCCUAACGCAAAUAUACUCGCGCACCGUCUCACCUCGAGUUGAAUCACUCCGCCGAUAUGAAAACGGCACGGACAAUGUUUACGGGGAACUCCUACCUCGAUUUAUCACCACGAUUUUCAAGGAAACCAGUUUAAAAUCCGGUCAGGUCUUCGUCGACCUGGGGUCUGGUGUGGGCAACGUCGUUUUGCAGGCGGCCUUAGAAAUUGGCUGUGAGAGCUGGGGCUGUGAAAUGAUGCAGAAUGCAUGCGAGCUGGCUGAACUCCAGCAGGCCGAAUUCAAGGCCCGGUGUCGCUUGUGGGGAAUUGCACCGGGCAAAACGCACCUAGUCAGUGGUGAUUUCCUUAAGGAGCAAAGUAUCAUUGAUGUUUUGAAGCGUGCAGAUGUUAUUCUGAUCAACAAUCAAGCCUUUACCCCACAACUCAAUAAUGAGUUGAUCAAUCACUUUUUGGAUAUCAAAGAGGGAUGCCAGAUUGUAUCUCUCAAGUCAUUCGUCCCAGCCGGUCACAAAAUUCAAUCUCGGAACUUGAACUCCCCUAUCAAUCUCCUGAAGGUCAAGCAAAGGAACUAUUGGUCUAAUAGUGUGAGUUGGACCGAUGUUGGAGGCACCUAUUUCAUUACCACCAAAGAUAGUUCUAGGCUGAAGGCUUUUGUGGAAGAGACGGAAUGA